AUGUACGGACUCCAGCAUAUCUCUUUCCUGGGUUUGGCCUUGGCCAUGGCUACAGGCAGUGCAGCAACAGGAACAGCCACUGUCGGCUUUGAGACGGCUGAUUCAACUUUUCACGUCGAGAACAUCCCACUAAAACAAUGUUUUGAUGUCCACGCAGAAGACGUUACAGCCGUCUACGUUUCCGAACAAUGCCGAGUCUUCAUGUAA